AUGUGUCGUGAAAAUUUAGAGUACGCGUGCAAAAAUGGAAUACACUGUCUAUGUAAUACAGGUGCCGACGACGGCAUGCUGGGCGCGCGGAUCAAGUCAUGGAUGGAAGCGCAGCUGGGGCGGGCUAAGAAGCGUAAACAGAAGCAAGUGAGGCAAAUCACUGCCACAACGACCCCAGGAACAUUGCCUCCGCCGCAUUUGUCAUCACCUGAGAGUGCGUACAGUACUGGGUAUUCCACCGAUGGCACGUCUCCCGGGGCACCGCCGACUUCGCUAGCUGCCCCGCUUGUCGCCCCACCGCCGCCACCCACGCCUCCAACCACUCACCUAUACCAUGAACCAGCUAAGCGUCGUUCAAGCGCAGCAACAGUACGCCGCUGUGCUCCAGAACCUGUUGUUUCCGUUGUGGUUUGCGCUACUCCAUCUCCUCGACCAAGAUGUCGAAUACGGACCAACCCAUGGCUUGGGGCUACUUCACCGAGCAGGCGACGGCCGCAAAAUGUAGUGCACCAGCACUCGCUCCAAUGUCCGCCGCAAAAUCCACCGCAGUUGCACCAUUCGCCGUAUUCGCUGGAUUCUCAUCUGAAAUGUGCCAGAUCACCACACUUAUCCCCUUGCUUAUCUCCGGAACCAAAAGGAUCUCCUUACUACCGUGGCGGUGCAUCAAGCGACGAAGAAUGUCGUGGGAUGCGUACUCGGGGGCGAGAAACUGCCAUUUUAUCUGAUGCAGAUAUCGACUCAGAUGGCGAUACAGGAUUAGAUGGAGGUGAUGAAGAUGAUGAUGAUGAUACUGCAUCACCAGGCAGAAGGAGGGCGAGAAGGAGGAGGCCCCCACGUAGGCCUCCGCGAUCAGCUGGGGCUACUCCACCCCGAAUGCGUCGUCGCAAUCACGCGCCUUCAGCCCCUCCCGUCCGAGAGAGAGACCCUCUUUUAGAAGCGGACAGGGAAGCCGAGAGGAAAUACAGGGAGUUGAUCAGAGAAGCUGAAAAGUUGCUGGUCACAGUGUCGAGGGCCCCGCUGGAGCCUCCGCACAACCCAAGAGUUCGAGAAUUGAGAGCUACCGAGGUUGAGGCUCCCCGUAGAAGUCCAGAGCGCACACAUAUCACGAACUUUAUGCGCGCGAAUUCCCCGGAGCCGCCGCGAAGAUUGUCUCCCGUCGCAAGGCGGUCCCCCCUGGCUGCCCCUCCUCCACCCCCCAUAGCCCCUCAUAUCCAUAUGCAUAUUCCUUCACCGACUGAUAGACCUCACUCCGAGCCGCCAAAGAGGAAGGCGUAUGCUCGCGAUGAGGUGCUUCAGACUCUAGAGGGUCUACGCAAGAGUCUCCAGCAACAGUCGGCACUGCUGGCGGUGCAACGAACCCGCCUCGACUCUCUAUAG